GACCUGGACCUGGACCUGAACCUGGACCUGGACCUGGACCUGGACCUGGACCUGGACCUGGACCUGGACCUGGACCUGAGUCCCGCUGUGUUUCCUCAAAGAGUGACCGCUCAAUGGAGCCUCAAUCUGCUGAUGGGAGGGUCCAGCAGCAGAGACCAGACUCUCCCAGCUGUCUGUCCCUAAAGAGCGACCGGUCGAAGGACGACUUCAUGAACUUUAAAGGACGACCUCCAUCUGCUGAUCAGAAAGGGGACCAGGAGAGCUCGGAGGUUCCCGGUGGUCAGUCUGCCCAGCAGCAUCAGACACAGCUGGACUCCAUAUUUACGCUGCUGGAGGACCACAUCGUCACCUAUGUGAAGAGCGAGCUGAAGAAGGUCCAGAAGGCUCUGAGUUCAGAUUACCCAGAAGGCUUAGAGAGUCAGAGUGAAGAUGAGGAGGUGUUGGAUGCUGAGGAUGAAGAGCAGAGGAGGAGCAGAGAGGCAUUUCUGAACAUCACACUGCACUUCCUGAGGAGCAUGAAGCAGGAGGAGCUGGCUGACCGUCUGCAGAGCGGACUAAUAACUGGAGUGUGUCAGCGUAAACUUAAAUCCACCCUGAAGGAGAGGUUCCAGUGUGUGUUUGAGGGCAUUGCUAAAGCAGGAAACCCAACCCUUCUGAACCAGAUCUACACAGAGCUCUACAUCACAGAGAGGGGGUCUGCAGAGGUCAAUGAUGAACAUGAGGUCAGACAGAUUGAAACAGCAUCCAGGAAACCAGACAGACCAGAAACAACCAUCAGACAAGAAGACCUCUUUAAAGCCUCACCUGGAAGAGAUGCACCAAUCAGAGCAGUGCUGACAAAGGGAGUGGCUGGCAUUGGGAAAACAGUCUUAACACAGAAGUUCACUCUGGACUGGGCUGAAGGCAAAGCCAACCAGGACAUCCAGUUCAUAUUUCCAUUCACCUUCAGAGAGCUGAAUGUGGUGAGAGAGAACAAGUACAGCUUGGUGGAACUUAUUCAUCACUUCUUCUCUGAAACCAGAGACGCAGGAAUCUGCAGGUUUAAUCAGUUCUCGGUUGUGUUCAUCUUUGACGGUCUGGAUGAGAGUCGACUUCCUCUGGACUUCCUCAACACUGAGAUCCUGACUGAUGUCACAGAGUCCACCUCAGUGGAUGUGCUUCUGACAAACCUCAUCAGGGGGAACCUGCUUCCCUCUGCUCGCUUUUGGAUAACCACACGACCUGCAGCAGCCAAUCAGAUCCCUCCUGAGUGUGUGGACAUGGUGACAGAGGUCAGAGGGUUCACUGACCCACAGAAGGAGGAGUACUUCAGGAAGAGAUUCAGAGAUCAGGAGCAGGCCGACACCAUCAUCUCCCACAUCAAGACCUCACGAAGCCUCCACAUCAUGUGCCACAUCCCAGUCUUCUGCUGGAUCUCUGCUUCAGUUCUGGAGGAGGUGUUGAAAACCAGAGAAGCAGGAGAGCUGCCCAAGACCCUGACUGAGAUGUACAUCCACUUCCUGGUGGUUCAGUCCAAAGUGAAGAACAUCAAGUAUGAUGGAGGAGCUGAGACGGAUCCACACUGGAGUCCAGAGAGCAGGAAGAUGAUGGAGUCUCUGGGGAAACUGGCUUUUGAGCAGCUGAAGAAAGGCAACCUGAUCUUCUAUGAGUCCGACCUGACAGAGUGUGGCAUCGAUAUCAGAGCAGCCUCAGUGUACUCAGGAGUGUUCACACAGGUCUUCAGAAAGGAGAGAGGACUGUACCAGGACAAGGUGUUCUGCUUCGUCCAUCUGAGCGUUCAAGAGUUUCUGGCUGCUCUUCAUGUCCAUCUGACCUUCAUCACCUCUGGAGUCAACCUGCUGGCAGAAGAACCAACAACCUCCUGGCUGCUUAAAGUCUUCAGACCCAAACCUGAACUAACACAUCUCUACCAAAGUGCUGUGGACCAGGCCUUACAGAGUCCAAACGGACACCUGGACUUGUUCCUCCGCUUCCUCGUGGGUCUUUCACUGCAGACCAAUCAGAAACUCCUACGAGGCCUGCUGACACAGACAGGAAGGGGCUCAGAGAUCAACCAGGAAACAGUCCGGUACAUCAAGAAGAAGAUAGAUGAGGAUCUGUCUGCAGGGAGAAGCAUCAACCUGUUCCACUGUCUGAAUGAACUGAAUGAUCGUUCUCUAGAGAAGCAGAUCCAACAGUCCCUGAGUUCAGGAAGUCUCUCCACAGAGAAUCUGUCUCCUGCUCAGUGGUCAGCUCUGGUCUUCAUCUUACUGUCAUCAGGAGAAGAUCUGGACGUGUUUGAUCUGAAGAAAUACUCUGCUUCAGAGGAGGCUCUUCUGAGGCUGCUGCCAGUGGUCAAAGCCUCCAACAAAGCUCUGCUGAGUGGCUGUAACCUGUCAGAGAGAAGCUGUGAAGCUCUGUCCUCAGUCCUCAGCUCCCAGUCCUCUAGUCUGAGAGAUCUGGACCUGAGUAACAACGACCUGCAGGAUUCAGGAGUGAAGAAGCUUUCUGCUGGACUGAAGAGUCCACACUGUGAACUGAAGACUCUCAGGCUGUCAGGCUGUCUGAUCACAGAGGAAGGCUGUGAUGCUCUGGCCUCAGUUUUAAACCCCUCCCAUCUGAGAGAGCUGGACCUGAGCUACAAUCAUCCAGGAGCCUCAGGGGGGAGGCUGCUGUCUGCUGGACUGGACACGCUCAGCCUGGAGCCUGCUGCAGUCCGGUUCUUGAGGCCAGGAGGUCUCAGGAAGUAUUCCUGUGGACUCACACCGGACUCAAACACAGUGAACAGAAACCUCAGACUGUCUGACAACAACAGGAAGGUGACACGUGUGAGAGAGGAGCAGAAAUAUCCUGAUCAUCCAGAGAGGUUUGACUCCUGGUUUCAGCUGAUGUGCAGAGAAGCUCUGAUUGGUCGCUGUUACUGGGAGGUCGAGUGGAGCGGAGGGGUUUCUAUAUCAGUGACUUACAGAGGAAUCAGGAGGAGAGGAGACAGUGAGGACUGUGGAUUUGGAGGGAAUGAUCAGUCCUGGAGUCUGGAGUGCUCUGGUGGUGGUUACUCUGUCAGGCACAAUAAGAGAGAAACACUCAUCUCCUCCUCUUCCUCUCGUAGAGUAGCAGUGUAUCUGGAUCAUCCUGCUGGCUCUCUCUCCUUCUACAGAGUCUCCUCAGACACACUGACCCACCUCCACACCCUCAGAACCACAUUCACUGAACCUCUCUAUGCUGGGGUUGGGCUCUAUUUCUGGCCACCUGGUUCCUCAGUGUCUCUUUGCUCUCUGCAGGAAUGACGCCCCCCCCCCCCAGCGUUUGUGUUCUUUUUAAAUAAAUCUAAAUGUUGAGAUUUCAGAAAAUAAAAGUUUCUCAAAAAGAAGUCAGAAAUGUAAGAUUUUAAGAAAACUCUCAAAACAAAAGUCAGUAUUUGCUAAGAUGAAACUCAGAAAGAGGUUGAAGAACAACAGGAAGUCCAUUCUGAUUUAUUUCCACACGGAGGCUUUUAUUCUGAAACUGCAGGAAAACCUACAUUUAUCCCAAAGUCUUCCCACCACCUGUAGUUUGUGAACACGUGACAUCACUUCAGUUUGAAUGGCAGCAGCAAAGGGUUACUGAGGCUCGUUGAGAACAGGUCAUAGUGACGAGUUCAACCACUUCUGCAGAAUGUAAUAUAUGAUGGAAAUAAACUAACAUAUAAUAACGUCUAAAGUGCAAACGUGAACAUAAAGUGCAAACCACAGCGUGCAUGCAUUUGUGCUCAAUGACCGGCUUCCCUGUGAAUAUUUUAAAUAUAACGUGGCCCUACCCAGCAGUCUGGGCGGCUCAGAGUGCAGCUUUUAUUUCAAUGCUCGCUUUUUACUCUCAUGCAAACAUGGUCAUUACUUUUUAAGAAGUGUCAGAUUCGCCUUAUUUGCAUUUAGAAACUAAUAUUCCCUAAAGAACACGAUGAUGUUUGAAUGAACACGGCUGCUUCUGGGGUGAAUGUAAACCUCUGAUCUGGGUUAGAUGGGUUUACUAACAGACCAAUAGCAUGAUGAUUGUCUCUUCAUUAACACUCAUGUGCUUUCAAUGUAAGCAGCUGAUCUAAUUAAUAAAGUCUGUGUGUUGAGUCGGACUCGUGGCCUGU